AUGGGCUUGACGAUGCCAUCGGCCGCUAUCCUUAGCAUCUUUUGCUGGGAUAAUCCUUCUCUUUUCUCAGUCUCGUCGAUUUUGCUCCCUUGUCAAGCCGGUACCACUUGGCAUGUUUUGCCGGUGGUACACACCACGAGUGUUGUCUCCUGGUCGGUCUAUGGCGGCCAGUGUGUAUUGCCUUGUUCUUGCCGUUCCUGGGCACUCACCCUCAUCAUCCUCGCCUCUGUCCCCGCUCUGGUUUUAGUACAAGCCUCCUCCCAGGCGGUAGCCGGUCCUCUCCUUUCCAUCGAACGAUCCCAAGAAUCUGUCGCAGCCACGCUUAUUGACCACGCUGUGUCUGCAGUUGCUACUGUCAAAGCGUUCAAUGCAGCAUCUCAGGAACGCGACUCUCUAAGCACUGUUCUCGACUGCGUCAAGGUCGCCGACAAAAAACUCGUUGCAGUCUGGAGUCUUACAUCAGGCCUGUCACAAUUCGUCAUGAUGUCCGUGUUUGUGCAAGCCUUUUGGUUUGGGUCGAAGCUGGUCAAACAAAGCAAAGUGGAACCAGGGGAUGUUAUGGCCAUAUUUUGGACUUGCCUCAUCGCUACAAGUAAUCUGCAGAUGUGCAUUCCCAAGUUCAUCACGUUGACGAAGGGGAAAUUUGCCAUGGUGGCCUUGCUCGCGCUUGCUGACUCGGAAGAGGCAGGUGCUCUGACUCCCGUAUCUCCAUCGUAUUAUUCCCGUGCAUCGAUCUUUCAUGGCCGCCCAGUAAGGUCGACGCAUUUGCCCAAAAUCAUACCGUCCAAGUGUCAUGGCGAGAUAGCACUCCAUAACGUCACCUUCGCGUAUCCCUCCCGACCUUCCGUACUGGUCCUGUGAGACGUCUCCAUCUAUCUUCCCGCUCUUCCCACUUCAGAAACCACUUUUGUUGUAGGGAGCUCCGGACCCGGAAAGUCGACCAUUGCGUCACUUCUCCUUCGGUUGUAUAAGCCUCGGAGCGGGCAGAUAGAGCUCGACGACCAAGAUAUUGCCUAUUUGGACGACAACUGGACGACUGAACACAUCUGUCAUUUCCCAAAACUGUAUCCUAUCUGACAUAAGUGUUCAUGACAAUGUUGCCAUGGGACUUGCCGGAAGUGAAACUGGGAGAAAGCCGGAACACGCGACAAGGGCAGAAGUCGUGCAGGCUUGCCAGGCCGCUAUGAUUCCUGAUUUCAUCCGCGAUUUACCCGACGGAUAUGAGAUGAAGCUAGGCAA